AUGAGAAUAAUGGUUCGUGUGGAGCUGUUGGCGGUCAUAGCCACUUGCCUUACUGUGGUGGUCGCCAGAAGCUCACCGCAACCCAGUAAAAUCCAGGAGUUGUUUACAAAUGUUGAACCACGUUAUUCCGAUGACAUAUUUGAAGAUGCGAACUUAGAUGUGCCUGCUUUGAUCAGAAAGUAUCGUUAUCCUGUAGAAAUACACACAGUAAUAACCGAAGAUGGCUAUAUUUUGGAGAUGCACCGCAUCCCUCACGGACGUGACGCUAAUAAUGUACCGAAUCAAAAGAAACCUGUUGUCUUUGUGAUGCAUGGUCUGCUCUGUUCAUCUGCUGACUUUGUUCUAAUGGGACCAGGUUCUGGUUUAGGUUACAUUCUCGCUGAGGAAGGAUUUGACGUCUGGAUGGGCAAUGCGCGCGGAAACUAUUACUCCCGUAGACACGUAACAUUAAACCCUGAUGCCAUAUUGAGCACAGCUUUUUGGAAGUUCUCCUACGAUGAAAUAGGCAACAAAGAUCUACCUGCUAUGAUUGAUUAUGUGCUGGAAGCUACUGGAGAAAAAAGACUUCACUAUGUAGGUCACUCACAGGGCACUACAUCCUUCUUUGUGAUGGGGGCCAUGCGUCCUGAAUACAAUGACAAGAUAAUUUCCAUGCAUGCAUUGGCUCCAGUGGCAUAUAUGGCACAUAAUCGAAAUCUCCUUCUGAAUGCAAUAGCACCUUUUUCUAAUAAUAUCGAAAGCAUUGCAUACUUAGUAGGAAUCGGAGAGUUUAUGCCUCAUACAAUAAUCUUCACAUGGGCAGGUGAAGCCAUGUGUCGUGAUGAAGUGGUAUUCCAACCUAUAUGCAGUAAUAUCUUGUUUUUAAUUGGUGGAUGGAACGAAAACCAACAUAAUGCGACUAUGAUGCCUGUCAUAUUCGGCCACACUCCGGCUGGUUCUUCUGUAAGGCAACUGGCACAUUACGGACAAGGAAUCGCCGACAAGGGUUUUCGUCGGUAUGACUACGGUUCUGCACUAGCUAACUACAGAGAGUACAAGGUCUUUAAACCACCUUCGUAUGAUUUGUCUAAAGUAACCACGCCGGUGUUUUUACAUUACUCCGACAGCGACCCAUUAGCACACGUUCAAGAUGUUGAUAGAUUGUUCAGUGAGCUUGGUAGAGCAAUAGGUAAAUUCCGUGUUCCUGAAAGCACAUUCAGCCAUAUUGAUUACAUGUAUGGUAUCAAUGCCAAGGAACUAGUGUACGAUAGAGUUAUAAAUCUUAUUAAAUCAAUGAAUAUAUAUGGAUUUGAUGAUUAUGUCUAG